AUGAAGUUUCAAAAAAGUGUUAUUCCGGUUGCCACUUUAGCUGGAUUAGGAUCUGCGUUAAUUAUUCCUGAACUAACCGGUUCUAACGAGUAUGAAAAGAGACCUGAGCGUACAGAUGAUGUUAACAACGGAGAAAGCGUUGUAGCAACGUCUUUUGAAAAAGGACCUAGCAAGGAUGAACUCGCAGUUUUUGCUUCUAAAUUAACACAAGAAGUUCAGGACCGUUUUGCUCCAUUGGUUGUUCCAGAGGACACCCUUGGCGUUUUGGAAAACCGUUACAUUAUUUUGUUUAAGAAGGGUGUUAACCCUCAAGAAAUCGGUUUUCACAGAGAAUUAAUCGAACAAGUUCAUUUGCAAGAGGUUUCUCAAUUACCUGAAGAACAUUCAUUUUUCGAAGGUAUUAGGCUUGAUGGCGUGUACGAUUCACCACUCGGUGGCAUUGACCAUACUUUUGACAUCAACGGUAUGCUGAUGGGUUAUUCUGGUUAUUUCCCAAGCAAAGUUUUAGAUGUUAUUCGUAUGAGCCCAUUGAUUGAAAUGGUGGAACAGGACUCAGUUGUGUACACUCAAAAAGCUGAUACUGAGAAUGGUGCACCUUGGGGGUUGGCACGUAUCUCUCAUAGAGAAAGAUUGAACCUGGGUAGUUACAACAAAUACUUGUACGACGAACAAGGUGGUUCUGGUGUCACCAGUUACGUUAUCGACACUGGUGUUAAUGUUCAUCACAACCAAUUUGGUGGUAGAGCCAAGUGGGGGAAAACCAUUCCUGCCGGCGACCUAGACGAAGACGGUAACGGUCACGGUACCCAUUGUGCUGGUACAAUUGGUUCUUCCACUUAUGGUGUUGCUAAAGGUGCAGAUAUCGUUGCCGUUAAGGUAUUGAGAUCUAAUGGUUCUGGGUCCAUGUCUGAUGUGCUGAAAGGUGUCGAAUGGGCUGCACAAGAUCACCAGAAUGCUGUUAAGCAGAAAAAGCCAGGUUUUAAGGGCUCUACCGCUAACAUGUCUCUUGGUGGUGGUAAAUCGCCAUCUUUGGACCAAGCCGUUAAUGCUGCCGUGGCUGCAGGUCUCAACUUUGCCGUGGCUGCAGGUAACGAAGAUCAAGAUGCUUGUAACACUUCCCCAGCAAGUGCCUCUGGUCCUAUCACGGUCGGUGCUUCCACUUUGAGUGAUGACAGAGCCUAUUUUUCCAACUAUGGUAAGUGUGUGGAUGUUUUUGCACCUGGUCUAAACAUUUUGUCCACUUACAUCGGUUCUGACUCUUCUACUGCCACCUUAUCUGGUACUUCGAUGGCUUCUCCACAUGUUGCUGGGUUGUUGGCUUACUUCUUAUCAUUACAACCUGGUUCUGAUAGUGAAUUUGAUGCUGGUUCUUCAAUUUCUCCAGACCAACUGAAGAAGAAAUUACUUGCAUUUAGCACUAAAGAUGUACUAUCUGAUAUCCCAUCUGGUACCCCUAACCUGUUGAUUUACAACGGUGGUGGUGGUGACCUAAGUGGAUUCUGGGGAUCCAAGGAAGUUGCUCAAGAGUUGGAGUUCAACGAAAAAGUCGAUUUGGAGUUACACGAUUUGGUUGAUGAGUUGGGAUCUAAGACUGAUGCUGUUUUUGGUCAGAUUAGAGGUCUAAUGGACAGACUCGACAUCAUUUAA